GGGAAGGGCUUCAUUUGUGUGUGUAUAUAUAUAUAUAUAUGAUGCCUCGAGUGACCUCUCUUCUUGACAAGUGAAGAUACGUUCGUCGUACUUCACAUCUCAGACGGCUUCACAGGAAACCUAAUCGGAGCUUCAUCGGAAAAUCCAUCGACGUCUGGUUCAUAUAUAUAAGGUGUUGUGAGGGGAAAGGAAGAAAGGGGAAAACUUUUUCUGGAUCUGAUUCAAAAGUUAGCGAGAUUUCCGUUUGGAGAAAGAGACUUUUAUUUUUUUCUUUCUUUGAACUCAAGCUUUUUCCGAGAUUCGAAUUACUUUUCUCUCAUCAGUCUCUGUUUGGUUCAACUUUCUCUUAUUUUCCUUCUUUUUAUACUCUCUCUGCUUUCGAUUUCGAUUCAGUGGUGAGAAAUGGGAGUGAAGGUUUCUCCGACCUGUUUUCAUUUGUCUCAGUCCUCUUUUCCUCACUCACCAUCUUCCUCUCAAACCCUAGCUUCCACUAUCCUCUCUCCUUAUCUCAAACGGCGUCGUUUCAGCGAAGGAGCUUCCGUUUGCCGCUACGUCCACGUCCAGCGACUUGACCGGUCGGCUCUUUUCGGGUCAAAGCUCUACAGGUCGAGAUCUUGUGAGCUCCCAAAAUCGAAGACCCAAAUGAUCAAACGAGCUUGCAGUGCCAGCUUAGAUGCAUUCUCAGACGAAGAAUUCUCUAAGAAGAUUCAAGAAUUGGCAUUGAGGUUCCAAUUAUCCGACGACGACGAAAACACGGGAAACACAGAAAACACCAUGACUGAAGCAGAAUCAGAGAUGUUCACUGGUUCUAUAGAAAUUCAGAGUGAGAGUAUUAGUCCAGAUUCUUCUUUGAACAGAAGUAUCAGCUUUAUAGAGAAUCAGAGACAAUUUCCUACAUCAAAGAUUGAUGUAGAGCCGCCGGAUUGGCCGGUACGAGACGAUAUUAUUCCGGCCACCAUCGAGUGGAAGGCGAACAGCGUAGACCUGCCGCUUUCGCUACGGAUUAUAAAGAGGAAGAAGCAAUGGCAAGAGGGUUUUCAGGAGGGUUUCAGAGACGCAGGAGAAUCUGCUUACUGUUCUGUGAAAAAGGCCUUCUCUUCAAUGGUUUUCAUAAUUCGAGAGCUUCACAGCUAUACUUUGCAAAUGAGAGAAAUGCUAUACUACGAAGAUUUACAGGGGAUUUUAGUUCGAGUCCAGAAGGAGAUGCACGCGUCCUUUGUGUGGUUGUUUCAACAAGUGUUUUCACACACACCAACUUUAAUGAUGUAUGUGAUGAUAUUGUUGGCAAAUUACAGUGUUUAUUCAAUGGCGAAUCACGCUGCGAUCGCCGCAACCCCGCCGUCGCAGCCUUAUGCGACCACCAUGGAGUCUGUUUCAGUCUCUGAAGAGCAGAGCCACAGGCCACAGAAGUUUGAUUCUUCUGUGAUCAAGACGUUUUCGGUGUCCUCCUCGACCGGGAAGACCACUUCUAUUGGCGAUAACAAUGGCGGAGGAGGGAAAUUCCGGCCAGUCGCUAGCGGAACAGACGGUGAAGGACAAUUUGACAGGUCUCACCGGACGAUUAUUCCCGAUGGUGUAUCUUCUAUUACGAGAACAAGUGAAGAAGAGUCUGUUUCAGGGCAGGUGACGAGAGAAGAGGAGGUGAGUAUCUGGAAUUCGAUAGUGGAGGAAGCUGCGAAAAUGGAGGCUGCUUUGAGAGAUGAGGCUUUGGAUCAUGAAACGAUGCAGAGGUUCGUUUCUCCGGUGACCACGAAGAUCGAAGCAGAAGACUAUGCAGAUUACUUCAGAACAGAGCUUCUAUACAGAACAGGGUUGUCCCAAGAACCCAACAACCCUCUCCUCCUUGCCAAUUAUGCUCAGUUCCUCUACCUCGUAGCUCAUGACUAUGACAGAGCGGAGGAGUACUUCAAGAAGGCGGUGAAAGUAGAGCCGGCGGAUGCGGAAGCGUUUAGCAAGUACGCUAGCUUCCUGUGGCAAGUGAAGAAGGACCUAUGGGCCGCUGAAGAGACGUACUUGGAGGCCAUCUCUGCCGACCCGACCAACUCCUACUACGCCGCCAACUAUGCACACUUUCUGUGGAGCACCGGUGGCGAAGACACAUGCUUCCCUAUCAACUCUCCGGACACCAACAUUGACGAUGUUUAACCAAAACAAAAAUCCCAAAAAAAAAAAAGGAAAGAAAAAUACAGUAGCUCCAUAUCCGGUUCAAACCACCCAGGUUGAUCAUAAAUUAUUAAGUUCAAUAAAAAUAUGUUAAAAAGGAAGAAAAAAGAAAGAAGAAAUUCUUUUUUUAUUUUUCGAUUUUCCAUUUUCAUUUUUGGGUGAUGAGAAUUGUGUGAAUGGGGGAUGUGGGUAAAGGUGGUGUUUGGAGGCAGGGGCACAACUGUUAUGGUGCUUAAUUUUCACUCUUUUGGGCAACAUCUGCUCUGAUCUAGAGAGAGACUUCUUUCUAGUGAUCUGGAGGGGCGAGACUUUUUCUUUCGGCUGGAAAAGUGGAGGCUUUUGCUUGAGUUCUACUUUGCACAGUAGUAGUUCUAUCUAAUUAUAUAUGUUCUUUCUUUUCUGAGACUUGCACAUGCCGAAAAAGUGUAAUUAAUUUUUUUGUUCAAAUAUAUAAAAAUUUGCAAAAUUUUAAUUUC